AUGCACUUCAAGGACUUCCUGCCAGCUCUCUUCCUUUUCGCCGCCGCCAUACUCCAGGUCGGCGACGCCGCCCAGAGCAAGUGUACGUCGAGCGAAAUCAGCCGGAUGAACGUGACCCACUGCGACUGCGCCGGCGUCGAACACGGCUGCUCGUCCAACUGCCCCGUCUGCGACGUCACCAACCUCACCAAGGCAGUCUAUCACUGCGCCACCGCUGGCUGCACCGACAACCAGUACGACUGCGGAGGUUGCGGCAUCUUCUUCCACUCCCUCUGCGAUUGCAUCCAAGGCACCGUCGAUUGCCCGACCAGCUCGCCCUUCAAGGUCAACAGCAAUCCCAUAUGGGUCCUGCUGCCUGCCAAGGCGCCGCACGACCCUCUCAUCACCACCACCGAGCGCCUGCCCGGCAUCCUCGAGAUGGGCCACGGCCACGAUCACGGAUGGAUAUAUGCCCAGGAAAAGUACAACUCCAAGACGGAGUCCUUGUGGCUGAACUCGGUCCGGGCGCGAGAUAUGGAACAGGUCCACAUUCACAUGUGCAAGCGCAACGAGAACACGGCCAAGAUCCUCAGCCACGAGAACAUCGUAAGCUCGAGCCACCUCGUCCAGCUGAAGAACGACACGGAGCUCUACUGCCUCGGCGUCGACCACAAUGUCACCAUCACCGGCUUCUCCGGCGCCCUUUCCAGUUUCUUGGCGAAGCCGCCCGUGUGCAAGGAGCUCAUCGGCGCGGGCAUCUUGCACGACCACAAGAACCGGACGUGGGCCUGCGCCUCGACAACCCACAUGGGACCGAAAGGAAAGUUCUGCUGA